UCAAUCAUUUACUUGCCUCCGCCCGCUGCGUCAACAGAUUUCCUGAAAACGCUCGUGCCUCCCCUACAGCUCAGGAAAGCUGGUGAAACUCGCUAUGUAUGGGGACAAAAAUGAGGGCACCUAUAACAGCGUGAAUACAAGAGUGCUCAAAGCAGCGAAGGCAACCAUGGCUUGACACUUUAAUCCAGCACUCUUCUUUUCUUUGGUGUUUUAUUUAUCUGCCAUUUUUGAAAGAAUCCCCUGCAUGCAUGGACGAGUAGGAUUCAAGGUUCAUGGAUGUCGAAUGUUGGAAUUUCUGGCAUUUAUUUAUUGGAUGAGCUAGAAUAACACAAGUUCCCUUCGCCACUACAUUCUCUGAUGCUAUUUUGGACCAAGACCAGAAUUGACAUCGCUGUUCAUCUUUAUGAAGAGAACCUGUUUUAUAGUUCUGUCUUUAACUCUUGUCAUGCACUAUUGUUGGAUGUACAAUUACUUAUACCCUCAAUGCUUGUUUGUCCUAAAUGUUUUUGUAGCAUUUGUAGGGUUAUCAUAGUCUUACUCUGUGUUUGUUGAUAAAUUAACUAAAGAAAUUUCUUUUAAUGACAAUUUAUGUAGACUCACACAGAAUUGCGCUUUGUUUUAUGUUGAUAAGAGAUAUUCACUUUUUCUCAUAUUGUAAUAUUUUCAAGUCAGACAAAGAAAGCUGAAAAAAGCUAAUAAUCUAAAAUAUAAUUGUUUUGGUAAGGAUAUUUUAAUGCAGCACUAACCUGGAAGUAUGUGUAUUGUUUUGUUCAAAUGUUAAUAAGAGGAUUGGGCAUUGGUUCAGGCAAAAUGCACUUGUGUGGGAAAAGGUUGAACAUUAUCAGGGAUGAAAAAGCCUGCUGAAGUUUUUUUCCCUUUGAACAGACACCGGCCGAAGCACUGUCAACUGAUUUAACAUGAUGUGGGACUAAAAAGGUUGACUCAUAAAUAAAAACAAUCAACCACCGUCCACAACAACUCCAAACGUCCAGUGCGUCCGUCCAGAAAAAUCAUCUCACUACGAACAAAAGAGACCAAAAACUGAACUCUGCAUGAGGCACUUGCAUUGUCUAUUUAACGCAUACUUUCCAUUCCACUGUGGCACUUCAUCUGAGCCCAGAAGCUGAACAUGCGCUCACCAGGCCCAGAUAGCCUGUCCGUAACCGAGGAGGCGCUGCUGCAUGGCCAGUUUGGAGGAUGGAGCACCGGAGGGGGAAGUGGCAGUGGAAGCAGCAGUAGCAGUAACAGCUGCCCCAAUAGCCCUGGAGGUGUGUCUGUACCAUCCAGUCCCGUGUCCACAAGCUAUGCCCUGACCCUUACGCCCACUCACAUCCACGUCCAGCGAUUAUCUCCACGCACUGUGAAGCAAUCCAGGCUACUGUUGCCCCUGGCUGAGUUCACUGGAUGCAGCUGUCCACGGUCACCGGCCCCCCCAUUGCUGGUGCUUUACUGGUACCCUCCGGGUCGACGAAGGAAGGGGGUCUCCAGACACAGACAGGUGAGGGCCUAUCUGGCGGAAAGCAGAGCCGAGGCGGAAAUAUGGAACGCUGCUAUACAGUGCCUGCUGAGGGGGAUGGAUGUCAGCUCCACUACAGAAUUCAGCAAAAGCAUGUUGCCUCGUCCCCGUCGACUGUUGCUGCUAGUCAAUCCAUACAGUGGAAGGGGUCAAGCAAUGCAGUGGUGUCAAACGCACAUACUUCCCAUGAUAAGAGAAGCCAAUAUCAGCUACAACCUCAUACAGACAGAGCGUCAGAAUCAUGCACGAGAGCUGAUCAGAGAGAUCUCGCUACCAGAAUGGGAUGGAAUCGUCAUUGUAUCUGGAGAUGGACUUUUGCAUGAGGUGAUAAAUGGCCUCAUGGAAAGGCCAGAUUGGGAACAAGCAAUAAAAACACCUGUAGGAAUUCUGCCUUGUGGAUCUGGAAAUGCCCUUGCUGGUUCCAUCAACCACUAUGCAGGGUACGACAUGUGCCUUCGGGAGCCUCUCUUGCUCAACUGCUGUUUCCUGCUAUGCCGGGGUAGAGUUAAACCAAUGGACCUGGUGUCUGUUACAACAAGCCCGUAUUCUGCGUCGUCCACAUCCAAUCAGAACGGGCACCCACCUGCUCCCAGAAGACUUUUCUCUUUCCUGUCUGUGGCAUGGGGGUUUGUGUCCGACGUGGAUAUAGAGAGCGAGCGCUACAGAGGACUGGGCUCUGCAAGGUUUACACUGGGAACUCUGGUGAGGUUGGCCUCACUGCGCUCUUAUAAGGGCCGUCUUUCAUACUUGCCGCCCGCUAUAGUGAACCCGUCCCUGGAUGCUACGCCCCAGCCCCCACGCAGACCUCUUUCUCGCAGCAUUACGGAGGGUUUGGAGGGGUUUUGUCGCACGCCCAUCCAUCGGACAUGCUCUGACAUGGGUCUGAGUGAGCAAAGAAGCCUUUGUAAGGGAGACGGGGAGAGAGAGAGGGAAAGGGAGAGGCAGGAGAGAGAGAGGGAGAGGGAGAGAAGGAGAGAGAGGGCAAGGGGCGUGGGGGUGGUAAGAGCCUCCAGUCUAGCAGAGGACAGAGAGAGAGAGAUAGAAGCAGAAGAGAAGAUGGAGGAGACAUCAAGGACCAGGUCGGAAUCAAAUGUAGGGGAAGAGUGUGACAACAUAGACAAGAACAAUGGGAACGGACAGGAGGAAGAGAAUACUAGGAAAACGGAGGAGAUAGAUGAAGGAGUGAGGAGAGCGAGAGAGUUGAGCCACAGCGAUGGGCUUGAUGAAGAAAAAGAGCAGACCACACCACCCGACCUGCAACACAAACUGCGUAAAAACUCAGCCCCCUCCAGCCAGAUCAUCAACGCCUUCUUUAGCCAGCCAAUCAGCGCAGACUCUGACCAAGACUUGGAGGUGGCAACCUAUGGGAAGGAGGAUGAAGAUUUAAAUGGAACCUACUUUCAGAGAGAAGCCUAUCCACUGGACAAAGCUCGAGAGCGAGCUCUUACCAUUUCCUCCUCUCCAUUCCGUCAGUCUCCUUUUAAAUCCUUUAAACCCAAAACGUUGGACCAGAACCAGAACACCUCACGACCACGCCCACUCUCCCUUCUCCACCAAUCGCAUUCAAACUCCCUGCCUCCAAAAUUUCCAUCCCUCUCUCUGUCCCUUUCCCCGACCCCUCCUUCAUCCCCAUCUUGUGCCUCUCCGCAUUCUUCUUAUCUCGCCCCGCAUCCCAACACUCCUAGCUCCUCUUCCCCAUCACCGUCCUUUCAUUCGCCAAGCCCUUCCUUCAACUUUGACCUUGCCGAGCCCACCGGAUCCCUAAAGAACCGCCCGCACAGGACAUCCUCCAUCAACCUGCCAGAGGAUGACCUGCUACCUCCUUUGGAUCAGCCUCUGCCCACAAGAGACUGGGUCACCAUUGAGGGCGAUUUCGUUCUGGUGCUUGCGAUCUACCAGUCUCAUCUGGGGGCAGAUCUUUUUGCUGCCCCUCAGGCUCGGUUUGACGAUGGUUUGAUACAUCUGACGUUCGUGCGGGCUGGUAUCUCCCGUGCAACGCUUCUUAGACUGUUCCUGGCGAUGGAGAGAGGAGCACAUUUGUCUGUUAGUUCUCCCUAUGUUAGUCACGUUUCAGCUCGGGCGUUCCGUCUUCAACCGCUCUCAUCACGAGGAACACUUACUGUGGAUGGAGAGCUGGUGCCCUAUGGGCCUUUGCAAGCACAGGUUCAUCCCUCCAUGGCCCGUUUGAUUGUUGGGGACUCGGGAGUAAAGAUUACAAAAUUCUGACCUGGUUGGAUUUGAACCGGCAGGGAUUAACAUCAGGCUCUGGAUUAUGUAACAGCGUAUUGGGGAGAGAGAAACAGAAAGCCAACAGUUGCUUUGCAAUCACUGCUUUUACUCGAAUUAAGUAAAGGAUUGCUGAUUCAAUCUGCAUAUGCAAAGAGUGUUUUUGACGGAAAUUUGUGUUCUGUUGGAUUACUUACUACAGUCGUAGACAGAAAGCAGCAAUGCAAACGGUGAAACUGAGUGUGUCUUGUGUAUACAUUUUAGUAUGCAUUUGUGCAUAGAUCCUCAGCAGUGCUACUGCCUUACUUCAGAGAGGGACAGAACACGUAAAUAAAUGCUUUUAGGUUGCCACAUCAAAUAUUCCUCCACAUAUGUUGAGUAAUGGGUACCCCAGGAACGCCGUAUCCGUCUCUGAAUUUUACGUGCAAUCCACUCUUAAUUUACCUACUCACUUAGUCCUACUACUACAACACACAAUCCUGAAACCUCGCGAUUGAUCUACAUUGAACAAAGGCUCCGUCCAGCUCUUUAAAAACCUUCCAUUGUUUCACGGGACCGAUCAGAAAUAUCAGUCUUACGGCGUAGCUUAAUGUAUUUUUAGAAUACAAUCAACGUGUUGAUUGAGUGGAACUCAUGCCGACUCUUAUGGUGUGUAUUGCGUUGCUAGUUUGUGUAGGAAAAGCAUGCAAUGGUCAUGAUAUUGUUAGGAAACUAGCUAUAUAUGCAUUGCAGUGAAUAAUGAAAGCUUGUAGAAAAUUUGUCAGGGCGUUCUUUUUCACAAUCUUACAUUUACUCUUCAAUAUCAGCCCGUAGUGUUAAAAUCAAAAUUGAUCUUAAAUUGUUUUACUGUCAGUCCUGGAUUAAAGAAAACGCAGAGGGUCCUCGUAGUGGUUACCAAUCCCUUAGUAAUAUCAAAGACAUUACAUUUUCCAUGACUUGAGGCAUGUUUGCAUAAGCAAGUUUGUUAACUUGCAUGCAAAUGAUGAAAACACUGAUACUGGCGGAUUGGAAGUUGCAUCUCUACUUUUCCUUCGAACUGCAUCAUGCUAUGUCGUCGCACAGUGAGGAACUGGAAUAGCGCAAUAAACACGUUUGUUCUCAGCCCAGUCCGCUGAAUUUAUGUUUUUUGUAGUACUGCGAUCAGUCGUUUUCCCCAGAACCUCAUUUGAAGAUUGAGACACUGUAGUAGGACUUACUUUUCAGCUUUUUUAAGUAAACAAACCUGUGCAAAGUCUAGCUGUGGAUCUGAUUAUGAUUGUAAGAGCUUGUAAGCUUGGUGGCCUUUCCAGUACUGUUGAAUUUUACCCAAAUAUUUACUGCAGAAAUAGUUUUUUUCUCUUGGUUUUAUUUUGCCCGAGGACCACAAUUUGACAGUUGCAUACCCUUUUGCUUUAAUUUAUACAUUUCAAAUGAUUAAACUUUAACUUUCGGCUGGAAUUUCCGAACAGCUGUCCUGUCUUGUGCAAUCACUUCUGCGUCAAUAGAUCUGCGCUUUACUUAGCAAUUGAUAUGUAAUGCUGUUUGUUUAGUCUGUGGACUAGAAAGGGAAUCUGAGCUGCAAUCAGAUGGCCAGUUAUUUGUUUUUGGUUUUCAUUUUCCCCCAUGUUUCCUUCCUUCUUUUGUUGUACCAUAUUUUACAGUGAUCUAUUAAAUUUGGUAUUGAGCUGCUGUUCACCUUGAAAAUGCCAGUUAAAGAUCAUUCAUUCUACGAUGCUUGUAAUACGAUUGUAAUUACUAAUAAAAAAUAUUAUAUUA